AGAAGAAAAUUGUCAAUUCAAUCCUGAAGAAACGAACUUACUUACUUCAAUCCUGAGCUGAGUCUGAGCACUGACCUCGUAGCGUUUCUCCAGGCACGGUUUAUUUUGGGAAAGGAGCGGAAGGCAGCAGUAGGAAAUAAUCUUGUCAUCACCGCUCUGCAAUCAUGGCUCGAAACUCAGAGAAGGCCAUGGCCAUGCUGAAUCGUUAUGUGGCGAUGAAGCAAUCCGAAGGCAAGGAAGCACCUCAGCGUCGUCCCUACCUGGCAACAGAAUGCGAUGAUUUAGCAGCGGCGGAGCGUUGGCGCCAUCAGAUUAUCCGUGAAAUUGCCAAGAAGGUCUCGCAGAUUCAAAAUGCCGGUCUUGGCGAAUUCCGCAUUCGAGAUCUCAACGAUGAAAUCAACAAGCUGCUGCGUGAAAAGCGUCACUGGGAAGACAGAAUCAUCGAGCUCGGCGGGCCAAACUACUUUAAAGUCGGGCCGAAGAUGUUGGAUCAUGAAGGCAAGGAGAUAGCUGGCAAUCGUGGUUACAAGUACUUUGGUGCCUCGCGCGAUCUACCCGGUGUACGGGAACUCUUUGAACAAGAAGCACCUGCUGCACCUCGCAAGACCCGUGGCCAGCUCAAUCGCCUAAUUGACACCGACUACUAUGGCUAUCGGGAUGAUGAGGAUGGCACACUUGAACCGCACGAGCGGGAAGUGGAAGAAAUCGCUGUUGCCGCGGCCUGCAAUGACUGGAAAGCUAGACACUCGGUCGCGAGUGAGACUGGAGAAGAACAGGAUGUUGUGGAGGAGGAGGACAUCUAUGCAGUGAAAGAGGAUAAUGAUGAUCUUGAAGACACAAGCAAAUCGGCAGCUGACGGUGAAGACGGUGACGAAAAGUCGUUUGUCGCCCACGUUCCGGUACCAUCGCAGAAAGAUAUGGAGGCAUUACUUGUCAAGCGGAAGAAAAUGGAACUACUGGAGAAGUAUGCGUCGGAGUCGCUUCAAGCACAGAACCAAGAAGCAAAGGCAUUGCUAGGACUGAGCUAGUGCUUCGUCACCACAACACGACCGGAACCCCAGUAGCAUUUGAAUUCAUGCUUGAUCUACGCACAUCAUUCUCAACAACCAUAAAACGCCUGUUUCUUUUUUCAUCCUUUUUGGUCUUAUAUAUAAACAUAGCUUUACCUGUCAUAAAAACAUGGAAAUAUACAAUGUACAUAGUAUA